CAAAUUCCAAGGUUUUUAAUGCCGAGAGGAACAGAAAUAACUAACAACAGAAAAAAAACAUGAUGUUUCCGUUGUCCUGUUACUGUUUCCUCUUCUCUUUACUCUUUUCCUGUCUCCCGUGUCCUUCUUCUGCCGCCAGAAUCACACCGGGCCAAGUAACUGUCUUAACCACCGAUGACCAUAAUGCCACGUGGCGAGACUUGACUCGCUUUGUGGAUACCGGGAAGGGUAGCCACGUCAGCGGGAUGUCGGAGCUGAAGGAAUACUUUAACCGUUUUGGGUAUCUCUCGGUUCCCGAGAACGACAACUUCACGGACGUCUUCGACGCCGAAUUUGAAUCAGCCGUUGUCCGGUACCAGGAGAAAUUAGGCUUGCCGAUGACUGGAAAACUCGACUCCGACACCAUAUCGACCAUCGUGUCGCCGAGAUGUGGAGUUUCGGAAGCUGCCCCAACGAGGCACACAACGAAACACUUCACGUAUUUUUAUGGGAAACCGAGGUGGGUACGUCCGCCGCCGGCGAUGCUGACGUAUGCUUUCUCGCCGAACGACAUGAUUGAUUACAUAAGCUUGUCGGAAAUACAGGCGGUUUUCCAGCGUUCCUUUGCCCGGUGGGCGUCCGUGAUUCCGUUAAAUUUCACGGAGAUAGAUGACUACCAAUCGGCGGACAUCCGAAUUGGGUUUUAUCGGGGGGACCACGGCGACGGGCAACCGUUCGACGGGGUACUGGGGGUUUUGGGCCACGCGUUCUCGCCGGAAAACGGAAGGUUCCAUCUCGACGAAGCGGAAACGUGGUCAGUCGAUUUUAGCAAGGUGAAGUCAAAGGUAGCCGUCGAUUUGGAAUCGGUGGCGACCCACGAGAUCGGCCACGUACUGGGGUUGGGUCAUACUCCGGUGAAGGAAGCGGUGAUGUACCCGAGUCUGAGUCCACGAACGAAGAAGGUGGACCUGAAAGUUGAUGACGUAGAAGGGGUUCAGGCUUUGUACGGGUCAAACCCAAAUUUCAAGUUUAGUUCAUUAAUGGCGUCUGAGAAUUCCUCCAACAUUGGAGUUGGUCUGCAAAGCAGACCAUCAAAGGGAUCUCGUUCUCCUUCCAAUUCCUCUCUAAUGGCUUCCGCUUGCAACAGAUUCAUCGCCAGAUCUCUAGCUUCCGUUAAAUCUGCCACCAGAUUCAACGGUCUGAGAUCCUCUCUCACCAGAUCGUCAGCAGCUCCCUCCGCCACCGGCCUUCCUCUCCCUUCUAAAACCACGGCCUCUUCUCUACGCCGUUUCUCGUCCUCCAGAUCUCCGUCUAUUUUCCAUUGCGUGCAGUCACUGUUGCCGCUGCACAGCGCGGUGGCGGCAGCGAGGAUGACUUCGUGCCUCAGCACAACAUCCAGGAGUUGCCGAGCGCUUUCACAGGGCACAUAAGUUGAAACAAAUAAAGUGGUACAGCCCCAUCAUCAUUCACAAGCAAGUCAAAUUCUUAUGUUGCAGCUGAGAUAUAGUUGUAUGUAUUUGCAUCUGAGUUUCGAAUCUUGAUGACUGUUUUUCCUAUCCUUCUUGCAUUCUGACUCCAAUGGUCCUUGUUCCAUGGUCUGGCUCUGGCAUAAAUGAUUUCCUAUUUCUUUCUGAGUUUUGUUAAAAAGCUUAUGGACUUUUUUGAAAAUCCAAAAAACGGCUUACUGCAGUGCUUCACAGAAGCAAUUUAGGUUUAAUGUUUUAUCAAAGUGUAACAGGACGUUUAGGAAAAGUUUUCAUUUUCAGAUUUAUUGAGGCCUGGAGGGAAUGCCCAUAGUAAACUUUUAUAGGUCAGCUAUAUGGUUUAAGGCAAGCCCUAACCAAAUAAUGCAUUUGAAUGCAACUGGUUUGAGUUGAAUUUAUUGUACAUAUAUAUACAAGUGUGAGGAAUGGUAAGAUAACUCAUAACUGUUGCUUUUCCCAGAUGGAAUUGAUGGUACGUGAGAAAUGGGGCUGUUUUGAAGAAUUUGGUCUGUCGGUUCCUAGGUGACUCGUUAGCUGACCAUGGUUAUGGUGAGGAGUACUCGAGGAGACUUACAUAGCAAGGACUUGUAGAUUAUAUUUAAAACCCUUAAAACAGCAUUGAUACUUAUUUCAAUUGUUACGAGUUUGUUUCUGCGAAAUAAGUCCAUUGAAACAAUUUAUGUAUUGAUUUGUCAGGCCAAAUGGGCCAGCAUUUUGCUAUUUACUUUCUUGUUCUCUAUGGAUGUACUUACACGCUGUUGCCAUUGGUAUUUUCAACCUCAGUCCAACUAUAUAAUCGAAAUGCAAAAAUGGGAGUUGUGCUCUCAAUAUCACAAAGACUUGCUCCAUUUAAUGGUUUGAGGGUGCGAAUUGAUAUUG